AUGGAUGCAGCCUACUUACCGACUAAUCUCUCGAAUGAGCUAGAUGGAGGGGCCCAGGUGGCAGCCGAGGGCCUCUUGGUCAAUACCUCUACGUCAAUACUUCUCAGCUCUUUUCUUAUCACAUUCUGGCUCAUCUACCGCCUCUUCAUAUACCCUCGCUUCCUCAGUCCCCUGAGACACCUCCCCAAAGCCCAGGGCGGGUACCCUAUCCUCGGCCACGCAUUAGCCCGAUUCAAACAGCCCCUCGCGAAAGACUACAGCCGGUUCAUGCGAGAAGUGCCCAACGAGGGGAUCAUUCUCUUCCACGACCUCUUCAACACAGACCACCUCCUUCUCACGAGCGCCGCCGCUCUCGAGGAGGUCCUCUCCAAAAAAGGAUACAUGUUCGAGAAACCACGCGAGGUCCGUGAGUUCACGAGCGGCAUCUUGGGCGGAGGGCUUCUCACCACCGAGGGAGAUGUCCAUAAACGGCAUCGAAGAUGGGUCACGCCGAGUUUUACACUGCGGAAUACGAGGCUUUUGGCGCCGUUGUACUUGGGGAGGAGUGUGGAGAUGGUAAAUGGGAUUGCAAGUGAGAUUGGCGCGCAGGGACAGGGUAAAGACUCGGCAGGUGGUGUCGUGGAUAUGAAUGCGUGGGCGACUCGGACAACACUGGAUAUCAUGGGUACUGCUGGGCUAGGACGCAAGCUGAAGACGCUUAGUGGGUCGCGGGUCGCCAUUCAAGAGGCCUACACCGCGGCGUUUACAGGGACCUGGAGGAAGACGUUCCUGUACGGCGCGAUCUGGUGCAGACUGAGCUGGUUGAUAGAUUGGAUUCCGUUCCGUGUGGAUCGCCAGUACAGUACGGCGACUGACUAUCUGAGACAGUUCUGCCAGGAGUCCAUCGAUGAGAAUAGGCAGACGAAAAGAGAUACUGGGGCUGACUCGCCGGAUCUGUUGGCGAAGCUCAUAGAGUCGAACAAGUUCACGGACGCGGAGCUGGUGGAUCAGUUGCUGUCGAUUUUGGCGGCGGGACACGAAACGGUGGCUGCGUCGUUCGGCUGGGCUGUCUAUCUCCUAGCCAGCCAUCCCAGCAUCCAGACCGAUCUCCGCGCAGAGAUCCUAUCCUGCGCCUCUCCAGAGGACUGGAUCACGCAGAACCCCGAAGUCGCAACGCGUCUCGAAAAUAUCACCCUCCUGAAUGCCGUUUGCAAUGAGACCCUCCGCCUCUAUCCCUCCGUUCCGCUGACAGCGCGCGUCGCCGCGCAAGAUACUUCGAUUCUCGACUGUCCAGUUCCCAAGGGAACACCAGUAAUGGUUGCACCAGGCGCCAUCAACCGGGCACCACAUCUCUGGGGUCCGACGGCGGGCCAAUUCCGACCGGAGCGAUGGAUCGACGCGGCAACAGGGGAGGUGAAUAAGAAAGGCGGCGCGGAGAGCGUCUACGCCAUGUUGACGUUCCUGCAUGGGCCGCGCAACUGUCUGGGAUCGGGAUACGGCAGGGCGAAGCUGAGCGUGAUGGUGGCUGCGUUUGUGGCGGCAUUCGAGUUCGAAUUGGAGGAUCCUCAGGAGCCGAUUCUGCAGAAUGGAAGACUGGCGACGAGGCCGGGGGAUAGGAAUGAUCGGUUGAUGAUACGCGUGAGGCCUGUUGUCAGAUAG